CCGGUAGCCAAUCGCAUGCUUCCUCAGAGGAAGCAGGAAGUAAGACGGCCGACCAAUCAGAGGCUUCGCCGCCACCUUCAGGAAACCUCAGCUAGAGUGUCAGUGGGAUCCAGUUCACCUUCAGACUUCCUAACUGACACAGCUGAGUCGUCUCUGAGCUUCUCUUUGCUUUUCCGUCACGUUUCCAGCCUCCAUAAACCCGUUCAUUCAUCAUCAGCAUUCCAGCCCUCUGGAUUUGGCUCUAUCCGCUCAUCCUUGUCCUCCGUCGGGCGGUUUUGGAAGUAUGGUUCUUCACCUUCCUGUGAGAAUCCAGUCAUGUCCGCCGCCGUGUCCGCUCCUUCUCUGAAGAAGAAGAAGUCUUUUGCUCGGAGCUCCAAGCCGAGUACCAGGAUGUGUGUUUGGGAAGAGAGGGAAUUCCUAACCAUGUCGUUUGCAGAGAUGUACUGGCCGGUGCCGAUGCGCGCCAUCGGCGCUCAGAAUCUCCUUACAAUGCCAGGAGGGGUUUCCACCGCAGGGUACCUCCACAAGAAGGGAGGUAGUCAAUUUAGUCUCAUGAAAUGGCCAUUGAGGUACAUCAUCAUCCACAAGGGUUGCGUGUACUACUUCAAAAGCAGCACCUCUGCUUCGCCACAGGGGGCGUUCUCUCUCAAUGGCUACAACAGAGUAAUGAGAGCAGCGGAGGAGACGACGUCCAGCAAUGUUUUUCCAUUUAAAAUUGUCCACUUCAGUAAGAAGCACAGAACGUGGUACUUUUCUGCCGCCAGUGAGGACGAGCGAAGGAAAUGGAUGCGAUACCUGCGAAGGGAAAUCGAUCAUUACAAUGACAGAAAAGACGCCAAUAUCUCAAGUGACUCGGACUCAGAUGCAGACUUUUAUGGCACUAUAGAGAGACCCUUGGAAAUCAAACACAGUGUUGAGGCUGCAGAAGGCGAUUAUGUUGUUGAAGACGAUGAUGAAGAUGAGGAAGACUAUGUGAAGCCUGACGACAAUAACCCACCAACACCUCCAGGUCGACCCACUGGACCACCCCCUUCCUACCCUCCUCCACCAGUUCCAGCGCAGCAUUCCAGUCCAAACGCCCAAAAAGUGUUGCUUCCACCUCUCCCUGUACAACACAGAGACCAAGGCAGCCCACUCCCCAAAAAGCCCUCCAUUGCACACCAAUGCCUCCAGAAAGAACCCAGCAAAGGCCCAGUCCCUCCUCUACCCUUUGCCCCUCACCUCCAGAAGGCCCCGUCUCCAACUCCCCCUACUCAGACCAGGACGACCUCCCUGGGAGGUACUGGACACGACAGGAGGGAGCACUCUGCUAUGCAGAUCAACCACCCAGCCACCCUGCCUAUCUGUGAGCAGUUACACAAAAGGAUGGUCCUGAACGGUCCAGUCCACAGCUCUCCGAUCACUGCCAGCACCCAGUCACUGGGAAACCACUGUCUACGGAGCAAACCUAGCUUACCUUUUCCCCACACUGACGGCUUUUCUCUGUCGGUUUCUUCAAACCCCCCUUCGAUUCCUUCCAAGCCUCCAGUAUCUCCGCUUCUAAAGUCCGGACCUCCCAACAAGCUCACAGUACCUAAACCCCCUCCCACAACGGCCAAGCCGCCGCUGCCGUCAGACAAGUCAAAGACUCCUUUUCAAAGGGCAUCUCCAGAGGGGCAGAGCUUCCGUUCGCUGGGAGAAGAAGUCCCCGCUGAUUACAGGAAGAAAACGAAGUCAUCCAAACAUGGACACGACUCUGAUGACGACUAUGAGAACGUGCAGCUGCCAGAAUCUGUUUUCAUCGAUACAACGGAAACCAUGUUUGUGGAAAAGCUUUUCAAAGAAUGCUGCGCUAAUCCGCCGGACGGACUUUAUUGCAUCAGAAAAUCUGGAACAAAAACUGCAAAGGUGUUGGUGGUUUGGGACGUCGGUAUAAAUAAGGCCAGAAACUACAGACUGUUUGAAGAGGAGGAAGGCGUAUUCCUGGAGAGUGACCUGACCUUCCCAAACCUGGCGGCCUUGGUUGAACACUACUACAACCAUCCUCUUCCUCACCACGGCUCGCUGUGCCUGCAGAAGCCUUACGCCAAGAUCCUGAGCAGCUGAAACCAAAGCUGGCAGCCGGACACGCGCCUUUAAACCCAUUUAAAACAAACUGUCUCAGCAGAGCACACAGUCAUCCUGGAAAACAGGUAAAAAAACAGAUAGAAAUCAGAAGUUUGGGACCAGUUUGACUCUGAUGAAGCAUUUUGUCCACAAGGUGGCGCCAAAUACCAGCUGGAAUCACCCCAGACUCCCACUUUCUGCAUUUCAGCAAAUUAUAUCAAUAUAGCGAACAUUUUAACUAUAUUUAUUUUAUUUUUAUUUUUUUUUUUUUACAGUUUUGUAGCUGGUUUCAAAAAAUAGGC